GGGGAGUGCGUCUUGCUGGGACACAGUGGAGGUCUGCGCUCCGGUCUGAGGGGCGGUCGGGUGUAUUCUGCGCUCGCCCCACACCCGCGAGGCCCGCGCCGCCCGACCCAACGGCGGAGUCGCCCAGCGUCUCCCGUGGCACCCGCUCGCUCCUCGCUGGGGCGGGACGUGGCCCGACGGCUCCGGUCACUAUGAGUGAAACAUCUUUCAACCUAAUAUCAGAAAAAUGUGACAUUCUAUCCAUUCUUCGGGAUCAUCCUGAAAAUAGAAUUUACCAGAGGAAAAUCCAGGAACUCAGCAAAAGAUUUACCUCAAUCCGAAAGACCAAAGGAGAUGGGAACUGCUUCUACAGGGCCUUGGGAUAUGCCUACCUGGAGUCUUUGCUGGGCAAGAGCAGAGAGAUCCUCAAGUUCAAAGAGCGUGUGCUACAGACCCCAAAUGACCUUCUGGCUGCCGGCUUUGAGGAACACAAGUUCAGAAACUUCUUUAACGCUUUUUACAGUGUGGUAGAGCUGGUAGAGAAGGACGGCUCCGUGUCCAGCCUGCUGAAGGUGUUCAAUGACCAAAACUCCUCGGACCGGAUCGUGCAGUUCUUGCGCCUGCUCACAUCGGCCUUCAUCAGGAACCGAGCUGACUUCUUCCGACAUUUCAUUGAUGAGGAGAUGGACAUCAAAGACUUCUGUACCCACGAAGUGGAGCCCAUGGCCAUGGAGUGUGACCACGUCCAGAUCACGGCUCUGUCGCAGGCACUGAACAUUGCUCUGCAGGUGGAGUACGUGGAUGAGAUGGACACGGCUCUGAACCACCAUGUGUUCCCUGAGGCUGCCACCCCUUCCGUUUAUCUGCUCUAUAAAACAUCCCACUACAACAUCCUUUAUGCAGCUGAAAAACACUGAUUAAUUUUAGGCCAUGCCGGAGCCUAUCAUCUAAUGGACUGCAUUCUGAAUGGAACAUUCUGCCUUGGCGAUUUUUUAAUUGACUUAGACAACUAGAAAACAUACAGCCUUUUGGGUAAAGCCACUCAACUGAGACCUGUGCCCACUAUGGACUGUCAUGACUUAGUAGGAAUUUUAGUAUUUAUUUUGAUAGAUGAUGUAAUGCCUGCUAACUCUGGACCAGAAAGCCAGGAACCCAGUCUAUGUAUCCGUUUACUGUAAGAACCUCGUUGGACCUAUUUAUUUAUCUGGAAGAGGUUCCUGGCAGUGUUGACAUGCCGCUGUGUGAAAGUGGGGAUAUCUGGUUUGUCCUCACCAGGGGCAGUGGCCUUCAUAGGGAAGAAAAGCUCAGGUCAGCUGUCAUAUUUUAUAUUCCAGUGACUUACCAGAC